AUGCAUCAAUCUACAAGUUACGAUGCCCGUUCGGGUUCUCGUUCCUCCAGUCACAGCAAUAGCAGCGCCUUCAGUCCCAACGCAAACCCAAAUGAAGACUGGACCAAGAUCUCUGAUCUAGCAGAGCGUCGCCGCAUCCAAAAUCGUAUCGCGCAAAGAAAUUAUCGCAAGAAGCUUAAGCGCCGCCUAGAAGAUCUAGAAAGACGAGCUGCAUCUUCAGCCUCACCAGAACAAUCCCAUGCAGAGGUCGUCCAACAGCCAAAAGCAACAAACAAAGGCCGCUCCAAGCACCGCGCCUCCAAAUCAGUUGACUCCAAACAACAACUCCCCCACCAUCAUCAACAGGUAGACCGGGCCGGAUCUUAUGAAUUCUACAAUGGUGAAGAGCGAUCAAUGUUCGCCCAACAAUGUACUCGCCAAUUAACCGCCUCGCCACCCCCGGCCUUCUCUCCAUACCCCCAAAUGCCCGCAUAUGAAGCCUACCGCCAGACAUACAACCAAGUACCAGUCUACCAAACUAUCCCAACAGGAUACGGCAACAUGUCAUUCCCCGAAUACAACGACGCAAUCCCCUCAGUGGUUCCCAUGGUUCCCACAGCAGCAAUGGGAGCACCCCGCAAAGCCUACGAUGAAGACAUCAUGAGUCCGUUUAGCAUGAGUUAUGCCUCGAUGGCAGGCAUCGAUUUAUGUCCUCAACCGACACACGCAGAACCCAGUCUUUCGAUGCCUUCGCUUUCCUACGGGUACCCGGAUAGCCAGCGUGGAGUAUCGACGUCCCCCGGGGCUUCGAUCUUUACGUUUCCGUUAACUCCGGAGUCGACUCCCUGUUCCCCCCGGUCUAUGCCAGGGCUGUACGAAUAUGAUCUGCGGUCAUAA